AAAUAAUUCGGUAGGUCAAUGUUAUCAAGUCUCUUUUGAUGCAACUGGCGCAGCACCUGGCUCCAUCUUGGUUACCAAUAUUGAUUUAAUAGAUACCAAUGGAAACAUUAUUCAAACUCAAUGGGUUGGUGGGAUUGAUCCAACAAGGCAAGCAUUCACACCAAACUUCAAUCUAAAUCUUGGUAUGAACCCUGUUAUUGGCUACUAUGCAUUCCAAAUUACUGCUUCAGUCAGGGGACAGACUUGUCUUCGAAAUAGUGCCGUUUUUAAAGGGAUUUAUAAUUCUAAUAGUCCUGUAGUGCGAUGUCCUUGA